CACGGAGAGGUGCGUUUGGUGCGGCGCCGCACCAAACGGGCCCCAAUCAGCAGGGCCGUGCCCAUCGCCGGAGGAGCUCCGUGCCGUGCUGCCGUUUGGCACACCGAUCUCCGGUCCGGCGGUCUGUCCAUGGACCCGUAUGGUGGUGGCGCUGGCACCCCGAACCCCCGAGUGCUCUGAAACACACGCGACGCGAGCGCAAGCCGGCUCGGGCGAGAGAACCUGAACAACGAAAACGCGAGCAGAGCCCUCCGCCGGCCGCCUCCGCGGCGCGCGUUCAGGCCGAGCCGCGCACGGCCAAAAGCCCCAAACCCCUGGUGCAGGCGGACGCGCCCACCGAAAACACGCCGCCCCUUCCCCGCCUCCCCCUCCCUUCUCGUGCUCUCCCCGCCACGCCAUCCUAGGAGCCAAAACGGCAGCGCUGUAUCAUCCGACGCCGCGGCCGAUGGAGUUCGCCGCCGGGGCUCGGGUGGCCCCGCGCCCGGCGACCGCGGUUGGUUUUCUUCCCGCCCGCGACCGCCGGGUGGGCGGGGGAGCGAUCGGGAUUGGCUGGCCCCGCCGCGCUGCCGCGCCGAAGCUCUCGCUGCCUCCCGCCGUCGCGAGACGAGCGGUCUCCGCGGCGGGAGGAGGAGGCCACCUGCUUCCCAGGUGCUUCGUCGCUCGCCCGGCAGGGGGCAGCGAUGGUGGGUUCCGCCGCGAGGCUCCGGCGCGCGCGUCCCCGCCGGAUGCCGCGGAGGGUGCAACUACUGCGCGAAAUUCAGUCAGCGAUCAUGCUGAAGGAAUUAGGAGGGAGCUCAUGAAUCUGGCCGUACCUGCCAUAGUUGGGCAAGCAAUCGAUCCUGUGGCGCAGUUAAUGGAGACAGCAUAUAUUGGCCGCCUAGGUCCUGUGGAAUUGGCUUCAGCCGCUGUCGGUGUGUCAGUAUUCAACAUCAUAUCAAAGCUCUUCAACAUACCCCUCCUAAGCAUCACGACUUCAUUCGUAGCUGAAGAUGUGUCAAAACAUGAUUCUUCACAGCCUGCUUCAGGAAAUAUAUCAAGCGAGAUUGGAGAAAGAAAGAGGCUGCCGUCCAUAUCUUCUGCUUUACUAUUGGCAGCUGCAAUUGGUGUCAUUGAAGCCUUGGCUUUGAUUCUGGGGUCUGAAAUGCUCCUCAACAUUAUGGGUGUCUCCCAAGCAUCUUCUAUGCACAAUCCAGCAAGGCUAUUUCUUUCUGUAAGAGCACUUGGUGCUCCUGCUGUUGUAGUUUCUUUGGCUAUUCAAGGUGUAUUUCGUGGACUGAAAGAUACAAAGACACCUCUACUUUACAGUGGUUUGGGCAACAUCUCAGCUGUGGUUCUACUUCCUUUUUUCGUGUAUUCUCUGAAACUUGGACUAACUGGAGCUGCAAUUGCAACUAUUGCUUCACAAUAUCUUGGUAUGUUUCUACUUCUCUGGUCUUUAAGCAGAAGAGCAGUUCUACUACCACCGAAAAUCGAAGACCUAGAGUUUGUUGGGUACAUAAAAUCUGGUGGCAUGCUGUUAGGACGAACCCUUUCAGUUCUGAUAACAAUGACCCUUGGGACUGCAAUGGCUGCUCAGCAAGGUGCACUAGCUAUGGCUGCUCAUCAAAUAUGUGUGCAAGUAUGGCUGGCAGUAUCGUUACUUUCAGAUGCAUUGGCUGUUUCUGCCCAGGCGUUGAUUGCAAGUUCAUUUGCUAAACUUGACUAUGAAAAGGUGAAGGAGGUCUCGUCCUAUGUAUUAAAGACAGGAGUAAUUGUUGGUAUUGCUUUAGCACUUCUUCUGUCUGCCUCUUUUGGUAGACUUGCAGAAGUAUUCUCAAAAGAUCCCAUGGUUAUACAAAUUGUGAGGAGUGGUGUUCUGUUUGUUAGUGCUAGCCAGCCAAUCAAUGCCCUAGCUUUUAUCUUCGAUGGACUUCAUUAUGGCGUCUCAGACUUCUCAUACUCAGCUUCGUCCAUGAUGGUAGUCGGGGCACUAUCCUCUUUAUAUUUGUUGUAUGCUCCAAAAGUUUUUGGCCUUCCUGGUGUUUGGGCGGGCCUGGCUCUUUUCAUGAGUUUGCGUAUGACUGCUGGAUUUAUGAGAUUGGGAUGGAGAGCAGGACCAUGGUGGUUUUUGCACCAGAAAGAACCCAGAUACAAGUUACAUUCAAGAGAAUGUUGAUUCCAGGAGCUGAUUAGCCUGAUGGCGAGAUUAGGACGCAAAAAGGGACUUUGAAAGGAUGAUUCCAUUAUUAGAGAAGUUGAAUGCCUUGGAUUUCUUGAGAAUAAUGCUGCCUUCGUCAACCCUGUCAUAAAACCCUUCUGGCAGCAUUGCAAUCGAGCAUGAGGACAUAGCAAAGGAGAAGCUGU